ACUUGCCUCACUUGCUAGUCUUUGCAGUGUGUGCCUUGCCUUUCUCUUCUUUAUUUCUCUAAACUCUUUCCCCAAUUCACCAAUCUUUUUUCUCCAUUAUUUAAUUCUAGUAUUCUACUUGUACUAUUUCUUGUUUAUUCUUCUCCCCCAUCUCUAUUCCAAUUUCAAUACCUUUUUUUACAUGCUUUUCUUGAUCAGUCUUGCUUACCUGUCAUUGUAAAUACAAUCAGCCUGUUGAGUGUUGUCUAUUGUUGUUGUACAUAUUCUUGCAUUUAUAUUAUAAAGAUUCAAGCUUUCUUGUGAAAAGGUGUUUAAUUUGUAAUCUGUACAUCUGGGUAUUGUUAUUUAUGUGUAGAUUUUGGUGGAUUGGUGUUGAAAUGGUUUGGUAUGGUUUAUGAUUUGAUAUGUGUGUUUAUGGGUUCUUGGUGUUGACCUAGGUUGUGUUUUAAGGUUUAUUUGAAGAUUGGUCUUGCUCUGUUUGUAAUUGUUUCACUGAGGAAUCCAUGCAUGGUUUAGUGGAAGAGGGUCUUAUGGUUAUAAGACUGAUGUAGCUUAGGAAAAUAUUAUGAAGAAUCUUCUAAAGAAACUUCACAUCAUGUCUAAUCAGUCUGAAAAUUUAGAAGGUUCCACUUCAUCGAGAAGCAGUAAGUUUAGGGAUGUUUCUUCACCUGAUAGGGUUUUACAGGCUCAAUCGAGUCUUAAUUCUGAGCAUAAAGAUAAACCCUUUUCGGGUCUGUCUGGGUGGUUAAACUCGGUUGCAAAUAAACGUAGCCCUAGUCCUACUCCACCAUCAUCUUCGAAUGUGACUAGAAAGGGAAGAGCUGAGCCAUCUGAUUUGGCGAAUGGUAGUUCUCAGGAUGUUGUGAGGCGUGAUAUAGAGUCUAGUAACUCAAGGGAUCCUAAUAUUGUGAAUGAGGAGUAUCAGAUACAAAUGGCUUUAGAGUUGAGUGCAAGGGAGGAUCCAGAAGCAGUACAGAUUGAAGCAGUUAAGCAGAUUAGUCUGGGCUCUUUUCCACCAGAUAAUGCCCCUGCAGAAGUUACUGCAUACAGAUAUUGGAAUUACAAUUCUCUUAGCUACGAUGACAAGAUUCUCGAUGGUUUCUAUGAUCUAUAUGGUAUCUUGAUUGAGUCCACUUCUUCAAAGAUGCCUUCUCUUGUUGAUCUUCAAACAACACCGGUGUCAGAUAGCAUCACCUGGGAAGCUGUUCUAGUUAAUAAGGCUUCCGAUUCUAAGCUCUUGCGUCUUGAACAGAAGGCUUUGGAGUUGGCUGUCAAGUCGAGGUCAGAAUGCCUUGAUUUUGAUGGUGCUGAUUUGGUGCGGAAGCUUGCUGUUUUGGUUUCGGAUCACAUGGGGGGGCCAGUUACUGAUCCUGAAAAUAUGUUGUUGGCUUGGAAAAGUCUUAGUUAUAAGCUGAAGGAAACUCUCGGGAGCAUGGUUUUGCCUCUUGGUUCUUUGACAAUAGGCUUGGCACGUCAUCGCGCACUGUUGUUUAAGGUCUUGGCUGAUAGUGUUGGCAUACCUUGCCGUAUAAUGAAAGGACAGCAGUAUACUGGUUCUGAUGAUGUGGCAAUGAACUUCGUAAGGAUUCAUGGUGCAAGGGAAUACAUUGUUGAUUUGAUGGCCGACCCUGGCACACUAAUUCCAUCGGACACAACAGGAUCAGAUAUAGAGUAUGAAAGAUCUUUCUUCUCUACACCUUUGGCCGCAGACUCCUCUAGUACAGCUUCUUCGGGUAGCGGUAUUACCAGCUCAUAUGAACAGAUGUUGGAGCGUCAAGCUUCCGAGGUCAGGUCUAGAUGUAAUGUUAGUUCUGCCGAAAACAAGCUUGAUGAAAGAAGUGAACAUGUGCCUUCUACAAGCUCAAUAUUACAUAGUAAAUCUGAGGAAGGGUCUAAAACAUCGUCAGCUACCCCUGGGAAUUCAGGGAAGGAGAUGGUUAGGGAAACACCUCGCAGGUCCAAUUUUUCUUUUCCACAUGCUAGAUCUCCUUCAUGGACAGAAGGGGUAAGCUCCCCGGCUGCACACAAGAUGAAGGUGAAGGAUGUUUCACAAUACAUGAUUGAUGCUGCCAAAGAAAAUCCACAGUUGGCUCAAAAGCUCCAUGAUGUGUUGCUUGAAAGCGGGGUUGUUGCACCUCCAGAUCUUUUUACUGAAAUAUACCAGGAGCAGGUAGAUAUGCAGAAGGCAGAGCAGAAUAUCCAGUCUGAAAAAGACAAAAGGAUUAGAACUAGUGAUGAGACUUUGAAAAACAAGGGCAAACCUGAUUAUAUUAAACCCCGCUUUUUACCUCCUCUACCAGCUCAUAGUGCAAACGCUAAAGGAGGUCAUUCUGGACAAGUAGAGGAUCAUUCAGGUUUCAAGGAAGAUGGGGAGAGAGUUUCCUUGCAAGCUGAUGUAGCUCCCAAAAAACAUGUUCGCAAUGUUCCUGUUGCAGCAGCUGCAGCGGCGGCGGCAGCAGCUGUUGUGGCAUCUUCAAUGGUAGUUGCUGCAGCAAGGACUUCUGCCGACUCCAAUCCUGAACUUCCGGUAGCUGCUGCAGCCACUGCUACAGCAGCAGCUAUGGUAGCAACUACAGUUGCUGUUGGCAACCAGCAAGAAAAUGUGGAUGCUCAUUCACCAAGUGCCGCUACUCCCUUCUUUAACCCAUUGGGCUGUGCAAAAAGUGAUGGAGAUGCAGAUGCUACUGUUUAUGAGCCUCGGGGUAGUGGUAACCUAUUACCUGAUGCCACGAGGGGAAAUUCGGAAGGUGAGAGAACAUCAGAUAGGUCUGCCGGUAAUGAUAGCACAAGGUCUGACACCUCACUUGAUGAAGUUUCGGAUUGCGAGAUCCCAUGGGAGGAUAUCACAUUGGGCGAGCGUAUUGGACUUGGAUCAUAUGGGGAGGUAUAUCGUGGAGACUGGCAUGGAACUGAAGUCGCUGUCAAGAAGUUCCUAGACCAAGAACUAACUGGUGAAUCCCUUGAAGAGUUCAAAAGUGAGGUCGGGAUCAUGAAAAGGGUUCGACAUCCCAAUGUCGUUCUAUUUAUGGGAGCUGUAACUCGUCCUCCAAAUCUGUCUAUUGUAACAGAAUUCCUUCCUAGAGGUAGUUUGUACAGAUUAAUUCACCGGCCAAACAAUCAGUUGGAUGUCCGUAGACGUCUGAGAAUGGCCCUUGACGCAGCUAGGGGCAUGAACUAUUUGCACAACUGUACGCCAGUUAUUGUUCAUCGUGAUUUAAAAUCUCCAAAUCUUCUUGUGGAUAAAAACUGGGUUGUGAAGGUAUGCGAUUUUGGGUUAUCAAGAAUGAAGAAAGGCACAUUUCUUUCCUCGAGGUCAACUGCAGGGACGGCUGAGUGGAUGGCUCCAGAGGUACUCAGAAAUGAACCAUCAGAUGAGAAGUGCGAUGUUUAUAGUUAUGGUGUAAUAUUAUGGGAACUCUGUACUUUGCAACAACCAUGGGGAGGCAUGAACCCUAUGCAAGUUGUUGGAGCUGUUGGUUUUCAACAUCGACGUCUUGACAUUCCUGAUGACAUAGAUCCGGCUAUUGCAGAUAUUAUCUGCAAAUGCUGGCAAACUGAUCCAAAGUUAAGGCCGUCAUUUUCUGAAAUUAUGGCUGCCUUGAAGCCACUUCAAAAGCCGAUAUCUAAUUCACAAGUGCCAAGACCACCUUCAUCAGCAAGCAGUGGACAGUAGAAGGGUCAGCCAUGGAGUACUUAAUUGUCAGCAAAGAGCGAGGGGAAACAACAAAGUAAGCUGGACAAUGACCCAUUGGAAUGCCUUGCAAUAGAGGCAAGCAUGGGAUUGCCGGGAACAAAUGUAAGAAACGGAACUGUUUAACGAUCAUCACAUUGGACAAUUACUUCAGAUUUGACUUGAUUGUGAUUCUUUCUGCCAUUCUUUUCCCCUCCUAAUCUAACCUUCUUGGUUUUGUAAUGGCACUGCUCUCGAAAGUCUUGUAUUUUCCUGUAAAGCAUGUUCAAUUUGUUGUAAUAAAGUCUUUUUGGUUCUUUGUUUUCGUUUA